CCUAAUAUGUUGGCCAAUUUCCUGUCCACAAGCAAGUCUAUCUCCUUUGUGAGCUGUUUCACACAGUUCUACUUCUUCUUCUCAUUUGGGUGUGAUGAGGGCUUCUUCCUUUGCAUCAUGGCCUUUGACAGGUACCUUGCCAUCUGCCGUCCUCUAUAUUACCCACGCAUCAUGACUAAACAGCUGUACACUGGCCUUGCAAUUUUUGGAUGGUCAGGUGGGUUCAUCCUCUUCCUAACCCCAGUUGUUCUCAUUUCACAGUUGCCUUACUGUGGCCCAAAUACCAUCAACCAUUUUGUGUGUGAUCCUGUCCCACUGAUGUUGCUGUCCUGUUCUGAAGACACCAUCACUCAGUUCAUUUACUCUACUUUCAAUGUUAUUUUCAUGAUUGGCACCUUUCUCUUUAUUCUUUGCUCCUAUGCUCUGGUGAUUGUGGCUGUGCUACAGAUGCCCUCAGCAGGAAGCAAACAUAAGGCUUUCUCCACAUGUGCCUCUCAUUUGGCAGUUGUCACCCUGUUUUAUGGUUCCAUCAUGGUGAUGUAUGUUAGUCCUGGAUCACGACACCCAGUGAAAAUUCAAAAAUUCAUCACCUUAUUUUAUUCUGUGAUAACACCCUUCUGCAAUCCUCUAAUAUAUAGCCUCAGGAACAAGGAGAUGAAGACUGCUCUGAGGAGAAUCUUUAAGACUAAACAUGGUACUCAUAAAAUCUAA